AUGAAUGAAUCGUUGGAGAAAGCAAACAGGUGUUCCCUUCCCAUGGCUCAUGGUAUUGCACUGAUCACAAUCAACGGUAUCGUCUGCGUUUUGGGAUCACUUGGAAACUUACUCGUUUGUUUGGCCAUUGCUACAAAUUCCCGCCUACGCCGAGCCUCUUACUACCUUUUAUUCAGCUUGGCGAUCGCUGAUCUAAUCGUCACUUUGAUAUGCGAGCCUCUCCUUUUGGGAGUCAUCAGCUCGAUGGCAUUCUUCAACGAGUGCGCAGCUAGCCUACACGUUGCGUACUUCAUUUCAUUCCAUCUCUCAUGUACCACCUCUGUCUUGCAUAUGGUCGCAAUCAGUCUUGAUCGUUUCGUUGCCGUUGUGUUUCCACUGCAACACAGAAAAUUCAUCGAGGGAUGUGCACUUAAAGUUAUGCUCACACUAUCAUGGUCUAUUCCGAUUCUUGCUCCCGCUUUGAGGUACAUCGUUCCGCGUGCUGUUUUUCCCGGCUCAUUCAUUAAAUUUCUGAGAAUGACAACUUUUGCCGUCAGCUAUUUCUUUAUUUUCUUUUUCUACAUUCUGAUCGUGGCAUUUUUGCUCCACCAAAGGAAGGCAAGAAAGCAGCUAGGGACUCGAACAGUUUCUGUGAAAUUUACUUCCCGAAUGGAGGUGCGUGUUGCUUACACACUGGCAGUCGCAAUGGGCGCGUUCACUGCUUGCUGGAUUCCUCUGAUCAUUGCAAUGGGUUUUUUCACUGGAAAACCUUUUGUAAAACAGAACAUUCAUCUACUCAUGUGGCUCCGAACUCUGGCUCUGUCAAACUCAGCCAUGAACUUUCUGAUUUACUCUGCUAAAAUCCGGGAAUUCAAGGAGGCAUUCGUUAGCAUCAUACGAAAGAUGCUCCGCUUGUAG